AUGGCUGCCGACGAUCUGCAUUUCACUUUCACACGAACACUGUCCACCGUUCUCGCUACGAGCUUCUUCUUUGUACUCCUAUGCAGCUCGCUACAAGUACGUGGCGUGAACUACACGUUCAUGAAGGACGCGGCGCUGGCGCCCAGCGUGUCGUACUACGACUACAUCAUUGUGGGCGGCGGCACGGCCGGGUGCCCGCUGGUGGCCACGCUGUCGGAGCACUUCCGCGUGCUCCUGCUGGAGCGCGGCGGCUCCCCCUACGACGACGAGCGCAUCGGGGACAUGGCCCGCUUCGCGGACACGAUGUCCGACACCUCCCCGGGCUCGCCCGCGCAGCGGUUCGUGUCGGAGGACGGCGUCAUCAACUCGCGCCCGCGGGUGCUGGGCGGCGGCAGCUGCAUCAACGCCGGCUUCUACACGCGGGCCAGCGACGACUACGUGCGGGACGCCGGGUGGGACCUGGGCGCCACCGGGGCGGCGUACCGGUGGGUGGAGGACGUGGUGGCGUUCCAGCCGGAGCUGGGACCCUGGCAGGCCGCGCUGCAGAGCGGGCUGCUCGAGGCCGGGAGGUCAGAACGUAGUUCGAGUAAAAUGUUACGGCUUCGCGGCAUGCUGGCUGGCACGGCCAAGCCCGCAGGCACCGAAUUUACCUGGCCUGGCCACAGUAGUGUACCAGGCGAACUGACUGGUGGUUACUUCGGCGCCAGGGAGACGGCCGGUGGCACGCGGCGUGGUGUUCCACGACUCCGAGGAGCGGAUGCACAAGGCGUACCUCAACGCCGGCCUCCGGAACGAGAUCGUCCUCUCGGCGGGCGCCAUGGGCAGCCCCCAGCUACUGAUGCUCAGCGGCGUCGGCCCAGCCGACCAGCUCGUUCGGCAUCAGCAUCGUGCGGGGUCGGCCAGGGGAUGUCCGACAACCCCAUGAACGCCAUCUACGUGCCGUCGCCUUCCCCGGUCGAGAUCUCGCUCAUACAGGUCGUCGGCAUCACCCAGGUCGGGAGCUACAUCGAGGGCGCCAGCGGGUCCAACUGGGGCGUCCGGCCCUCAGCCUCCGGCGGUGUCCACCGGCCGCGCAACUUCGGCAUGUUCUCUCCACAGACGGGGCAGCUGGCCACGGUGCCCCCGAAGCAGCGCACGCCGGAGGCCAUCGCGAGCGCAGCGGAGGCGAUGAGGCAGCUCGACGACUCGGCCUUCCGCGGUGGCUUCAUCCUGGAGAAGGUCCUCGGCCCGCUGUCCACGGGCCACCUCGAGCUGCGCAACCGCGACCCCGACGACAACCCGUCGGUGACGUUCAACUACUUUUCGCACCCCGAGGACCUCCGCCGCUGCGUGGCCGGCCUGUCGGUCAUCGAGCGCGUCAUCCACUCCAAGGCCUUCGAGAACUUCACGUACUCCGACUUCUCCAUGGAGACGCUGCUCAACAUGUCGACCGGGUUCCCGGUCAACCUGCUGCCCCGGCACGACAGCGACUCCACGUCGCUUGAGAUGUUCUGCAAGGACACCGUCAUGACCAUCUGGCACUACCACGGCGGCUGCCAGGUCGCCAGGGUCGUCGACGCUGAGUAUCGAGUGCUCGGCGUCGACGCGCUGCGCGUCAUCGACGGCUCCACUUUCAACGCCUCGCCAGGAACCAACACGCAGGCCACCGUCAUGAUGCUCGGCAGGUAUAUGGGAGUCAGAAUCCAAAAUGAAAGGUUGAAAGCUGAAGGAGUAGAGGGAACCCUCUGGGCACUCUGGAUCCUAUAA